ACGCUAUUAUAGACGUACAAAUAUAUGCAUUAUGCAUGCAUGUCUAAGAUAUUACUAUCUAUCUUUAGCUCGUAAGACAUAUGGAAACUCUCAACGUUGAUCAUGAAGAUACUAUCUCCUCAGAGCAAGAACAUCGAGCAAAUACCAAAUCCGACACGGACAUGCCUCUGAUCUCCGGCGGUAGACACUUCCUCCAACAGUUUGCGGCUGAGUCAAAGAAACUAUGGUGGCUCGCGGGUCCCGCGAUAUUCACCUCCUUCUCUUGGGAUGGGAAGUGCACUAGCGACGCUUUGUGGGCAAGCGUACGGAGCAGGGCAACUAGAGAUGAUGGGAAUAUAUCUUCAGAGGAGCUCUCUAAAGCCGCGGGGAAAUUCUCCCUCAGGAUGAUUCCUCAGCUCUUUGCUUACGCUGUUAACUUUGCCACGGCCAAGUUUUUGCAGGCACAAAGCAAGGUGAUUGCAAUGGCGGUUAUAGCAGUGACCGUGCUGUUACAGCACACUCUAUUGAGUUGGUUGCUGAUGCUAAAACUCGAUUGGGGAAUGGCCGGAGGAGCUGUUGUAUUGAAUCUGUCGUGGUGGUUAAUAGAUGUUGCUCAAAUAGUAUAUAUUUGUGGUGGUUCUUGUGGCAGAGCUUGGCCAGGGCUCUCUUGGAAGGCUUUCAAGAAUCUCAGAGGCUUUGCCAGAUUGUCUCUUGCCUCUGCAGUCAUGGUUUGCCUAGAGGUUUGGUACUUCAUGGCGUUGAUUCUGUUUGCGGGUUACCUCAAGAACCCUCAAGUCUCUGUGGCUGCUCUUUCCAUUUGCAUGAACAUAUUGGGAUGGCCGAUCAUGGUGGCCUUUGGCUUCAAUGCGGCUGUGAGUGUAAGAGUGUCAAAUGAGCUUGGAGCUGAACAUCCAAGAAGAGCGAAAUUCUUAUUGAUAGUGGCAAUGAUAACUUCCGUAUCAAUUGGAGCUAUGAUAUCAAUGACUCUCAUCAUGUUACGAGACAAGUAUCCAGCAAUGUUCUCUGAAGAUGAACAAGUGAGAGUACUCGUGAAACAGCUGACUCCGUUGCUGGCUCUCACAAUCGUCAUCAACAACAUUCAGCCUGUUCUGUCUGGUGUCGCAGUUGGAGCUGGAUGGCAAGGGGUCGUUGCUUCUGUAAACGUUGGGUGCUACUAUCUAUGUGGUAUACCUAUUGGUCUUCUACUCGGCUUCAAGAUGGAACUUGGAGUGAAGGGAAUAUGGACAGGAAUGCUAACCGGAACAGUAGUUCAGACAUGUGUUCUACUUUUGAUUAUCUACAGAACCAACUGGAACACAGGCUUCAAUAGCAGAAGCUAGAAUAAGGAAAUGGAGAGGCCAAACAGAUAUAGGAGAAUAGACUGAAGAGAUCAAA